AAUCAUGCGAUAAUAGGAAAUGUAGAGUGUAGGGCUUUAUCAAUGUGAAUGUUUUGUUGGUAUAAAAUAAAUGUAAGGCUCCUCUGAGUCAGAAGUCUGCCAGUGUCAGUCAGUGACUUGUUUUGUUACAGAUACUGUGCACUAUUAGGACUAGGAUAUUAUCAAUCUCAGGCGAGUCGCAUGACUGAUGUUUCGUUAAGUUUACUACGUCAACUGCUUGGGCUUAGAUAGACUUAAUACUUAAUUGUCACUUAAUCUUAGGUCGGUAUUAGACUUAAAAUAAGUCAAAGUAAAGAGUUAGUUAAAAAUUAUCAUUAUUAGUAAUUAUCAGUCUCAUGAUUAGUCCAUCAGUUUAAGUCUUCUUACUAAGAGUACUAAGACAAGAGUCGUCAAGAGUAAUAGUAAUAGGCAGUAAUAGGGAACACUCUUCUUAGUCGACCUAGUCUUACUUAGUGGUCCUAGUCAUUAGAGUAGGCUUCUAAUUAAUUAGUAUUAAUAUUAGUAGUAAUAUUAGGCAUUACAUUUACUAAUUAUAAUCAUCACUCCUUUUUUUUUUUUUUUUUUUUUUUUUUUUUUUUUUUUUUUUUUUUUUUUUUUUUUUUUUUUUUUUUUUUUUUUUUUUUUUUUUUUUUUUUUUUUUUUUUUUUUUUUUUUAGAAAUUAGUGUCAUUUUCGUUAGUCAUUUGUAGAGUUAGUUUAGUUCAUUUAGUUAUGUAGAGUUUGAGUAGUCAGUAGCCACUUUGCAGACUAGACUGACAAGAGUAUUAAUUAGUAUUAGAGUUAGACCUACAUUUUUUCAGAUUUCCAAUACACCCUAUUAUUUUAAAAUAUCUAUUAAUUAUAUUAUAUAGUUAGUCUAUAGUAUAGUAUAGUCCAGUGUUUCUCAAAUGGUGGUCCGCUGACCGUCGCCAGUCCAUGAGCCUUACGUUGUCGGUCUGCACAACUUGAAUAUUUAUGGUCGAAUAAAAAGAAAAUGUAAAUAAUAAAUCUGGCACUUAAAAAGUUUGGGAAACGCUGUUAUAGUCUAUAUAAACUAGGGAGGCCAAAUCAUGAACUGGAAAAAACAGGAAAUACCCAAGAAGGGUUUGUGGGGAUACCCUCCAGUUAAAGAUUGGUCCAGGAGCCUUCGCCGAAAACUGUUUAUUGAAAUAUCCUCAUUUUAACUAUUUGAGACCUAGAAAUCUUUUAAAAUUUGCCUUCACUUUUGUAAUUUAAUUUAAACUCUGAGGCAUAUCAUAAACAAAAACAAUAGUUUUGCAGUGAAUACUUAUUUAUUUAUACAUAUUUUACAACAUAAUACAACACAACAAAUUAAAUUUCUCUAGUCUACAACAUAAUACAACACAACAAAUUAAAUUUCUCUAGUCUAGGAUUUAAAAUUGAGGAUAUUUGGCUGUUGUCCCAGCCAUUGUUAAAAACUUUUUCUUAUGUCUUAUCUAAUAUAAAGUUGUAAAAACUAGAACAGUCCAUUCGUGUCUUUCACUAUAUAUAUAAGACCUAUGGCAGUGACACUGUCGUUUACGCAGCGUCUGCUGGGUGGUGGAGGGGGAACAGUGCUGCCAUCACGCGAGCCCACAUCAGUUUCAUAUCACUACUGGCACUGGCUACACAGCUAGCCUAAAUAUUACUUUAAGUUAUAUUAUAAAUUACUGGUAGGAAGUUUUAGUGAUUUGAAAAUGUGUUUGGCUUUAUAAAUGGGACUUUUUUUGGGACUCCGGGUACGAUCGUGAAAAAAUGGGACAAUCCCGUUUUUAACGGGACGUUUGGUCACCCUAAUAUAAACAGUAGUUAUCACAUUUUUUUAGUACUGACCCGUUGGGGGCGUAAACUUGUCCUUAGCAUUUCUCUGGCCCCUCCUCUUAUCAUCAUCGCAUGUCGUCCCGUCUGGGGUAUAGGCCACAAACAAAGCCUCUCCAGGCAUCCCGGUCUUGGGCAAGUCUCUCCAAUUGUCCCCAGUUGUGCCCACUGUUUUUGGUGUCUGCCUCCAGGUCCCUUCUCCAAGUUGUUUUGGGUCGACCUCUUUUUCUCUUGCCCUGAGGGUUCCAAGUCAGGGCUUGUCUCGUGAUACUUGAUGCGGGCUUUCUGAGGGUGUGGCCAAUCCAUCUCCAUCUGCGCUAGCAGAUUAACUCUUCCACUGGUUCUUGUGUGCACUGCCAGAGAUCCUCGUUGAUGAUGACGGUGGGCCAGCGGAUUUGUAAAAUCAUUCGGAGACAUGAGUUGAUAAACGUCUGUAGCUUUUUUGAACCAGCUACUGUUGUUCACCAUGUUUCUGCCCCAUAUAACAAGACAGGUUUCACUGUGGUGUUGAAUACCUUGACCUUGGUCUAGAGGGUCAAGUUGCUGCAGCUUCAGACCUUUUUUAGCUGGUUAAAUGCCGCUCUUGCCUUACCAACUCUCACUCUUAUGUCGGCGUCUGUCCCUCCUUGUAUGUCAAUGAUGCUGCCGAGGUAUGUAAAGCUAUCCACCUCAAGGUUUGUUCCUUCCAGUGCUAUAGGUGUGUUGCUUGAUGUAUUUAUUUUAAGGACUUUGCUUUUUCCUCUGUGGAUGUUCAGGCCGAUGCAAGCAGAGUACUGUACGACAUAAUUGGUUUUCUCUUGCAUCUGUUGCUGUGUGUGUGAUAUUAGGGCCAGAUCAUCCGCAAAAUCCAGGUCAUCAAGCUGUUUCCAUAGUGUCCACUGGAUACCAUUUCUCUUCUGCUCUGUAGAAAUUUUCAUUAUCCAAUCAAUGGUCAGCAGGAAUAAGAAAGGCGAGAGCAGACACCCCUGUCUGACACCGGUCUGUACCUCAAAAGCCGCAGUUGUUUGUUGGCCGUGGACAAUUCUGCACGAUAGUCCUUUGUAAGAAGCCUUAAUUAUGUCUGUUAAUUUUUGUGGUACCCCGUAGUGUCUAAGCAGCUUCUACAGAGUCUGUCUAAGCAGCUUCUACAGAGUCUGUCUGUCGACACUAUCAAAAGCCUUCUCAUAGUCAAUGAAGUUGAUGUAUAGUGGCGAGUUCCACUCCAGAGAUUGUUCCACAAUAAUUCUCAGUGUGGCAAUCUGGUCUGUGCAGGAUCUGUCUUUUCUGAACCCUGCUUGUUGGCCCCUAAGAUUGGUGUCUAUUGCCUCCCUCAUUCUGUUCAGCAGCAUUCUGUUGAAUACUUUGCUUGGGAUUGACAAGUUAGAGCAAGAACUAAGGUCUCCUUUCUUCGAGAGCUUAACGAGGUGUCCUUCUUUCCAUUUAAUCAGUAUCUGUUCUUCCUCCCAUAUUUUCUUGAGUAGUGUGUGUAGCAUUUCAGUGCUAGUCGUAAUAUCUGCUGUCAAGGCUUCUGCCGGUAUUCUGUCUGGACCUGCCACCUUGCCUUUCUUUAGUUGUUUAAUUGCUUUGCAUAUUUCUUGCUUUGUGGGUGUGCUGCAAUCUAUUUCUAGAUCUUUUCCGCUGUCUCUAUGUUGAUUGUGUGUUGUGGUGCUGGCCGGUUGAGGAGUUUUCAAAAUGUUCUAUCCAUCUUUUUUUCUGACCCUCUUCAUCAGGUAUUGAUUUCCCUUCUUUAGUUUUAACUGGUCUCACUAGAUUGUUGAACUUUCCAGAUAACUUUUUGAUUGUACUGAAUAAUUCUCUUGUGUUUCCAUGGUACGCAGCCUCCUCUGCUUCACUUGCUAAUCCUUCUAUGUAGUUCUUUUUAUCUGUCCUUAUACUACGUUUAACUUCUUUAUUUGCUUCUGAGUAUUCUGUUGAUGCUCUGGCCUUUUCGGUUCUGGUGCGGCUAUUGUUUAGAUUUGCCUUCUUCUUUCUCCUAUAUUGGAUUUUUUCCAUGGUUUCAGCCGAAAUCCAUUCUUUAUGCGUUUGUUGCCUAGGGCCCAACACUUCUUCACAGGUAGUCGUGAAUAUCUCUUUGAUUUCUUUCCAGUUUUUGUCAAUUGUUUCUUCAUUGCCUAGUUCCUGUAAGAUCUGGAACUUAUUGGAGAUGGUAAGUUUAAACUCCUUUACCUUGGACUCAUUUUCAAGAGGUUGAUGUUAAAAUGUUGUAGCUUGCUUCCCUCACUUGUCCAGUUCUUUUUCAGUUUCAGCCUUAAUUUGGCAAUCAGUAGAUGGUGAUCUGAGGCUACACCUGCCCCCCCUUUUUACCCUAACAUCUUGGAGCGAUCGUCUAAACUUAUUGCAGAUACAGAAAUGGUCAAUUUGGUUAGCCGUUGACAUAUCUGGUGAAAUCCAUGUCGCCUUGUGGAUAUUUCUAUGCAUGAAGAGGCUUCCUCCAAUGACCAGUCCAUCUGUAGCACAUAGAUCUGCUAGUCUUUCACCAUUUUCAUUCAUUUCUCCCAUACCAUGUGUUCCCAUGCAUUCUUCAUAGCCUAUAUUUUUGCUGCCUAUUUUCGCAUUUAGGUCGCCCAUGAGUAUAACCAUAUUGCUCUUAGGACACCUUUGGACCAGGGUUCGCAGUCUGUUGUAGAAAUCCUCUUUGUCCUCUUCUUUAUUAUCGUUGGUAGGAGCGUAUACCUGUAGGAUGUCCAUAUUGAUUUUUCGUUUUUUGGUCUCAAUCUUGCCGUGAUAAUACGGGAACAAUGCGCUUCCCACCCUAUAAGUGCGUUCUGGGCAGUUCUGGAAAGCAUGAGUGCCACUCCUUGGUUGUGCGCCGCAUUUUCAUCUUCGUGGCCUGAGUAUAGCAGCAGUUCCCCUGUGUUGAGCUUUAUCUGACCUGAGCCUGUCCAUCGAGACUCACUUAUUCCUAAGAUGGCUAGUUUGUAUCUCUGCAUUUCAGCAGCAACUUGGACAGUUUUUCCAGUUUCGAACAUGGUCCUUACGUUCCAUGUUCCUAGACUGGUGGUGGUCCUAGUGGAGAGGAUGGUUGUCCGCCGGUUGGUUUCCAGUUGGCUUUGGCCACCCACCUUCAUUAAUUCUCUGUUAGGAGACCCAUCCUUUCCAAGGUCCGAGUUUCCUUUUGAAAUCUUUGUUCUUGUUUUUGUAGCAGGGCUUGUUUUACAGGGAAGGGUUGCUAGGCCUUCGCCCAACCCUCCUCGUUUCUCACCCGGGCUUGGGACCGGCUACGGCGGAGUUCCCUCCUGUUAUAAAAAUGUAAAUAAUAAUAAUAGUUUGCAGGACUUUCAAUAGAAAACAAUUACACAAUUAAAUUCAAAAUUUAAUUUAUGGAGAUACACUGAGAUCCCUAUAUAAUAUGUAAAUUAAUAAAUAAAAAUACUAAAAAUGAAAGAUUUUACUUCUAUUUCUAUUAAUUAGGCCAAAUGUAAAGCUGAUUAAACGAAACAACUAGUGAUAUUUAGUAGGUACUAUAAUGAUAGUCGCUGUGCACACCUUAUUCUGGAAGUCGCAAAAUAACAUAAUUAGUUGUGACACUCUUUUAGCGUAUAAUUUUUUGUAUUUACCUCCAUUAAAUUCUUUGCGUCUUAAUUUUUUUCUACAUUAACAAUAGUUGUCAGCUCACAGUGCCAAGUUAAAUAUAAUAUAUAUUUAAUGAUGUUAAUAGCCACUGGUGUUACUAUUAAAAAGGUUUGAAUGUUGGAUCAAAAGAUCUUUCUCUCUCUCCUGGUUUUGCAUCCCUCUUUUUUCAGUUUUGAUUCCAGCUUUAAAAAGUAUGUGAUUUUUUUUUUUAUAUAUAUAAUUUUUAUUUAAAAUAUGUUCCUGAUGUAACAAUAGGCUAAACCUAAAAACAUCUACAUAGAUUGACAAUAUAGACUACUACUAUAGCUGAGUUUUAGUUGCUCUGACUGUUGGCUGAAAGUGUAUUUAUGCUGUAUUAAUUUCUAUUUAUCUGUACUAUAGUCAACUAAAGGACUGUAGUGUAGGUAUAGACUAUAAAUAUACUACAACUGCAAUUGCAAUAGGCUGGUGUGUGUGUAAUUAUUUAUGAUGUCCUAAUACCUUAAGUUCUAUAUCUAUUUAGUAACAUUUGCCCAGGGACCAUAGUUAUUAAUCCAUAUUAAUAUACAAAUAGAAUACCGGAGCCUUAUACUUUAUAAUACUAAUAAUAAGUAGUAACUAUUUUACCAGUACUAAUAAUAAGCAAAAAUGAAGACAUAAUGCGGGCCCACUUUUUUAUAUCAUAUCCUGUUGAUGUUUAUUAACUUGUACUUUUAUUUGGGGAGUAACCCAGUGGUGAGAAAUUAUUUUUUUAAAUAAUUAGUUAUAUUUAAUAUUAGUAAUGUUUAUAGAUGAGAUUGUCAGGCUUCAGACUAGACUGGUUCUUGUUAAGUAUCUUCUAAAUAAAAGCUAAGUUUUUUUCAUCUUAUUCUCUUGUUUUUUAUUAUUACUCUUCUUUGUAGAGACAGGUAUCCAGCCAAAAUAUUCAUUUAUUGUCUUUAGUAGCUAUUCAGUUCAUGCAAAUACAUAUCCUGUUCUUAAUAUUACAUUCAUAUGGUUUGAAUACAUCUCUACAAUAAUAUGUUACUGUUACUAACAUAGCUGCUCAGUCAAAGAUGUUUGAAUUUCAUUUCUUGAAUUCUUAAGAAGGCCCCUUGACUCAAUUUGUUUUGUUUUGUUGUUUUUUGGGGAAGGGAGGGGAGUUGUUAUGCACCCUAGCCCCUAAUGCAGGGUUUAGCAAACUCUUUUGGGCAAGGGCCAGUUAAAAGAUGGCUCUGGGGUCUGGAUGGUUGUGCCCAAAUCAAGGUCGCCUAUAUAUAUGAUUAGAGUAUUUCACUAAUAAACAGAAAUGUUUAAAAACAUGUAAGACAUAAUUUAUUUAUUUUUGUUGAAAUGUAACAUGCAGAAAGAAAUAAGUCAUCAUCAUCAUUGGUGCUAUAGCCCAUGUAGGGCCCUGGCCUGCUCCACCACAUCCUUCCAUUUGGAUCGAUCCAUGGCUUUCUGCCUCCAUGCGCGAACCCCCAACUGUUGUAAAUCCUUCUCUACAUCAUUGAUCCAUCUCAAUCUUGGUCGACCAGUGAGCCUGUAUAUCACUUUUGCUGCUCUAUAAUCCGACAUCAUUUCACUAUGUCCUGCCCAGCGCAGCCUGCCUUUUUAAUUGUUGUGACUAUGGGUGGGUCUUUGUACAAUUGGUAUAGCUUCUGGUUUGUACCGAUUCUCCAGACUUUGUCUAUCACUGGGCCGUAUAUUUUUCUGAGGAUUUUCCUCUCCCAUGUAUUAAGCAGGGUCUCUGCUUUUCUGGUAAGGGACCAAGUCUCACUAGCUUAAGUUACUACAGGUCUUAAGGUAGUGGUGUAUAUUGUCUUCUUUGUUCCCCUUGAGAGGUUUUUGGUUCCGAGUAGCUUUUGUAGGCUGAAAUAAUAACGGUUGCCUGCCGUUAUCCUUUCUUUCACCUCCAACAUUAUUUCAUUGUGCACGUUAAUAGUCGCCCUUAGAUAUUUUAAAGUAGCCACUCUCUCAAAUUUGUGGUUGUUUAUAUUGAUGUUGUCAUCAGCACUGGUGUUUUGUGAAAUUAUCAUAUAUUUUUUCUGCGCUUCAUUUACAUCAAGACCAGCUUGGACUGAGGCAUUUUCAAGUUCCCUGAAUUCUUUAAUUUUAUGUGAUUUCUGUUUCUGCCCAGUGGAGCUACAUCGUCUGCGUAUGCCAGGUACUGCAAUUGCUGGCUAUAUAAAGUUCCUGGUGGUUGUUGUUCUGUAAACCUGUCAAGAAGUAACUUGUUAUGGUUCCACUGGUGCUCAUGUGUAUGCUUUUUCUAGUGUUAUGUUAAACAAGAUACAUGAUAGUGAAUCUUCUUGUCUGAGGCCCAGAUUGACUGGGAACUCCCUAGAGUAUUCUCCCUGUACCUUGAUUCUACUUUAGAGUUAGUCAUCUUUAUAUGUAUGAGGCUAGUAAGUUUGUUAGGGACUCCAAGUUCCUGUAGAGCAUUGUAUAGAUAAUUCCUGUCUACGCUAUUGUAUGCUGUUUUGUAAGCCACAUAGUAUAUGGAUGUUGAUAUUUUAUUCAUAGUAUUUCUCAAGGAGACAUCUAAUGGUAAAAAAUAUGAUCCGUGGUUGACCUAUUUUGCUAGAACCGCAUUGGUAGUCCCCUAGGAUCUGUUCACUAUACAUUUCCUUUUUUCGUACUGUAAGUUUUGUGAGGAUUUUUUACAUUACAUUUAGGAAGGAGAUUCCUUUAUAGUUUGAGCAGACCAACUUAGAUCCUUUUUUGUAAAUUGGGAUUAUGAGUGCAGUGUCCCAUUUUAUUGGCAUUUCUUCCUCCUUCCAGAUUCUGGAUAUGAGGUUGUGUAUUUGCCUAUGCAGUUUUUUUACACCUAGUUUUAUCAUUUUUGCAGAGAUAUGGUCUAUUCCUGGGGCUUUGUUAUUUUUCAUUGUAAAGAUAACAUCUUUUAUUUCAUUCAGUGUUGGUUUGUUGACCAAUGGGUUUUGGUCUUCCUUGUGGUAGAGAGUGAUCCUCAUUGGUUCCUUCACUUGAGCCAUUCAGUAAGCCUUUAAAGUGUUAAAGAAAUUAGUCAGAUUACAUUAAUUUGAUUGAGACUCUUAAAUAGCAUAAUAAUCUUGUUAACAUUAGUAAGAAGAUGUAUGGCUCAGAAAGCUGGAGAUCAACCAAGAAAAAUUGGAAAAGACGACAAAGUGUCUUGAAUAGUUACCUGUGUUAGAUCAAGUGGUUCCACAAAAUGACAAACAUAGCAGUGAGGGAAAUGCCAGCACAAAUCACACAAAGUAGGUGGAGAUGGUCAUACCAUGAGAAAACCCAUGGCAAGUAUAACAAGAAAAGCACUGGCUUCGAACCCCCAAGGAUAAAGGUGAUGGGGAAGACCCAAAAACACCUGUGAGAAAGAUGUUGACAAAGAUGUAAUAAAGACUGGAAAGAGAAAAGAUAGCUGGAGACCGGAAGGCUUGGGAAGAGAUUAAUGGCCUAUGCUCCACUGGGAGAUGAAAAGCAGAGAAGAAGCAUGAAAAUGAUGCUUUGCCCUUCUUUGCAUAACUUUUAUAAAGCUAUAACUUAGUGCAUGCUAUUUUUCAUUAUUUGAGAAAGAGGAUAAAGUCUAAUAAGACAUAUUCAGUGAAAAAAAAAUACAAGCCUUCAAAAAAAAUUUAAAGGAAUUUUUACCACCCAAAGUACCGGCACAUUGCCAGUCUCUGAACCCAUAAGUACACUUACUAUACAUCAUGAUUUGACAGGGUUUGUCUCGGUUUAGCAGCCUUAUGAAGGCCAUAUUGAUUUUUUCCCCAGUUACGAUCUAUUUGAUAGAAAAUUGUCAUGUCUGUGUUAAGAUAGUCUAGUAUCCAUAUCAGAACUUGGUUUAUAUCAAAUUCCAUUUUAAAAAUUAAAAAAAAUUGUAAAAUUUAAGAUAAGGGGUCAUCCAUUUAUAUGCACAAAGGAGGGAGGAUGGUUAUUGAUUUUGGAGAUUUUAUUUAGGGGUGGAGUCUCUGCAGGUAGUACAUAUAUUAAUGGAAAAAUUUUACAAUAAUUUAACUGAAAUGUGAACAAUCCAUAAAUAGCCUAUUUAUUAUAUCUCUAAUAAAGCCAUUUAUUAUCUAAAAAUCUGUGAAAUCUAUGAUUUCUAAUUAUUUUCAAAAAUAAUAUAAAUUAAAUAUCCCUGCUUGUUUCAUAAAUAUCAUCAUACUGUUUUCUGUUUUACAAGUGAACUCGCUAGCAACAGCAAUAGAAAUUCCAUAGUUGGCCUUUGAUUUUGUGUAUGUGAUGUGAUUAGUUUGCUAGAUUUUUCCUGUGGUUCCUAAAAUUAUUAGAUUCUCGACACCUUUGCAGAAUUUAGGGUUUUCUUAGGUGCCCUAUGUCAAAUUCUAACAAGUACAAUUGUGAACAGAUUUUUAAAAAUUGUUUAAAUUAAAGGGUUGUGUAAAAAUAAAAAAAACAUGUUUAUGGGUCACUAAGUACCAUCUAGUAACCGUUUUUAGGAGCUACUGCAAUUGCAUAAGUGAGUUAAAUUUUCUUUUGUUGAUCCCAAUUUCAACCCUGCCUAAAAUUAUUCUAAAGUGACUUAUAGCUAUAAAAAAAAAGCGACCUGGAACUAGGAUGGACUGAUUCGCCAAAUAAGGCAUGAGGUUAAAAUAUGCUACUCAAAAAUACCUGUUGCCUUAACUAUUAAGAUCCAUAUGCCUUAAGAAAAUUCCGGAAUGCUAAAACUAUUAUGUCCAAAUUUUAAAGAAAUUACAAUUUCAUAAAUCAUGGCUACAAAAUUAAACAAUUGAAUAAACACUAACAUUCACAUUUAAUUUGUUUUUUUUUUUAUUGUUUUUUUUUUUUAUUAACUACAGCAUUCUGAUUUGAUUUCCCUCAAGACAUAGUCAUCAAAAAAGUUCUUUUUCAUAUACUGGUGCCCUAGCUCAAAUAUUCUAUUGUAAUUGCCAUGAACUUUACCUAUUUGUAAUCAGAAAAAAGAAGAUGAGAUCCUACACUUUACUAAUUCAGAGUUUCAUUAAUUUCCAGGACUGGUAAAUCCAUUUUUGAAUGUCUGAAAAUAUAUUUUCAAUUUUAAAAAUAAAUCAUUUAUCAACAAUUAAAGUAACCUGAUUUAGGAGUUAGAUUGACAUAACUGUUGUGGAAAAUGUCAUUUCAUAUGCUAAUAACUCAAAAAAUAAUCACAAAAUAAUAAUAAGCAUCAUAUUUAACUAUCUUUUUUUUUUUUUAAAGUUAAACACAAGAAUAAUUAUUUACAUUACAAUUUCAUGGGAAGAAUUUAGGAAUUAACCUAUUAUUUUGUCUAUCAUUACAGGUGGGAAAAUAACAACCUCAUUUGUAAAAUGGACGUGCUGAUAAAUUUUGUUUAUCCAGAAUUGUCGCUUAUGAAUCCAGCUACUUUCACCAUUGCUACACUGACAACUGUUAUGACAUUGUACCUGUACUUUAUACAGCCAAGCAUGAUUGUACAAGCAUAUUUUAGGUAUAUUAAAAAAGCAAAGAAGUUAACAUAUACUAAAAAAGAAUAUAAACAAAUGUUUCAUAUUAUUUGUAUGGUUGCAUUAACAAAAUUAAGCGUGCACCGUGGGUGUAGAGGUUUAUGAGAACAAUUUUUGGGCAUACACAGUAUAUGGGUGCCCUCAGAUAAAAUUAAAAAAAUGGGCUAGGUGAAGAUUCUUUGCCCGUAGUCUCUAUCUUUAAGUUUAACUUGUCUAUAAGGAUAUCAUCACUGUUAAAGAUUUCUUUAACAUUUUGCUACAGGUAAAUAUGGUAGUUAGACUCUUGGUAAAUCAUUUGUUAGACUUAGGACAGCAUUCACUUGGCUAUUUUUAUUGAUGAUUUAACAUUUCUUAAGAAAAACAUUUUUUAUGUAUAUGUAUAUAUUUUUUACUUAUACAAACUACAGGAAACUAGCGACCUUACUCUACUGGAGUGGUUUUUUCAUUAUUACAACCUGCUACUUCAUACAAUUUUUGUUAAGGUAUUAGACUAAAUUGUAUGCAGUUACUUGUAUUUGUUUCCAAAUUUUUAUGUCAAAUUACAAAUUUUAAACCAAAAAAUCUUCUAAACAGAGUAGCUGUGAGAUGGAGUGGUAUGAGAAUGAAGUACACAAAGCCCUUACCUGAUAACUUCAAGUUUUUUUAUGGUGAAAAGGGGUAUAAGAAGAAAGGUCAGAUGAGCAUUUUGCUUUUGCAUGGCUUUUCUGCUGAUCAUUUCAUGUGGGCUCCAAUUGUCCAGGUGAGUUCAUACUCCAUUGUUUUAUUUUUAAUGCAAUUUUCUCUCAGGAAUAGAAGAGACUCGUAUCUGUUGUCACCUGCUCUUGAAACAUGGCUUUAGAUAAUUUGAGCAGACAAUGGGUUUAUUUGGACAUGGUGUUGAGAAGUUGUGAUUUAGGGGCUGUAGAUAGUUCAGAAUUGCAAUGAUCCCUCGUGUAUUUUGGGUUCACUUUUCAUUGUCUCACUGUAUCGUAGAUUUUUUACUUGUAUAUACCAUAUCUAAUUUUGUAUCACAGAUUUUUGCUAUAUCGUGAGAAUUUGGGGUAUAUAGGUACUUUUAUAUAUUUAUAAUUUUAAUUAUUUUUGCAAUGAAAUAAGCAUUUACUAAUCUAAUUUAUCAAAAUAUUGAUAAAACCAUAUUAAAAGAAAAUUAAAUUGAUAUGAAAUACUUAAGGAAAGCACUUGAGUAGACAAAGAAUCGCAUGUAUGGAAAAUGUAAAUACUGCUCUAUAUUGGUUGAUGGAUAGGAGGUGACCAACCACAGCACUGUGUUCUGUAUCCUAGGCGCUGAUUGGCUCAGUGACCGUAGCAUCCUUUGUCUUAAGCAUUCUAAGGCUUCUAAGCUGUUAUAAGAGUGUUGGAAAGAUUAAUAACAGUGUGGGAAAGGUUUAUAAGUUUGUGGGGAGGGUUUAUAAAGCCUUAAAACAUAUGUAAAUAAUAAAUUAAAUAUAUUUCUGGAAUUAAAUUGACUAUCCAUUGUGGUAAUAGAAAAAGGAGAACUGAAAAGGUUGUUUAUUUUCCCCAUAGAAUUUGCCAUCUUAUGUGCAUGUUGUUGCAAUGGAUUUGCCUGGGCACGGAUUCACUUCUGAUCCAAUAAAAGGAGAGGAUAUUGGCUUCAAAGGUCAGAUCAGUAGGAUCAAACAAGUAAGUUACAGUUAAGGUAUAAAAUCAUGCUUUUAGGUAGCAGCUCAUUCUUUAUAAAUAAACCUUAUAAUAAACCAUUAAUUGAAAAUGAAGAUAGAGAAAUGUAUGUUUUGUUUGUCUAAAUAGCCCAAGUGAUGUGAAAUUUAGUUUACAAGCAGGACAAUAUUGCUCAAUCUUUAUUUGAAGGCAUCUAAAAUUUUAUUAGUAUAAAAUACCAUUUGUACCAUUAAUAGCAAUGUGUACACCAGAUGUAAUACUGUGCCCACCCGCAACCAAGUUCACAAUUAGCAUAUCCGAUGAUUAAGGUGGUCAUUGUCGAUUUACAUAGACGAACUAAAUAUAAAUAAAUACUCAAGGGUUGCAACAAUUAAUCAACAGAUAACAAAACUAUACAGAUAUGCUAAUUUUUAAUAUCAGCCUUUUUAAAAUGAUGAAUUAGUUUUUGGAUAUCAGCAAAUAACACACAGAUAAAUGAUGUAACUCAAGAUUGUUUAAUAAAACUGAAAUUUGCUCAUUAUAUUCUAGUAAAAAUUAUUAUGAAAUAUCAACUAAUUAUCUAUAAAUGUCGUCUCUAUCUGAUCUAUAAGAAUUUCAAGUUAAGUUUCCGAUUUUCAUAGUAUCAAUAUAAUAUCAAUGUCAUAAUAUUGGCUUUCGCUAAUUUAAUUAAUUUCCACCAAAACCUUCUGAUUAAAUAAUCUCAACCCCAAGUCGAUUUCUAAUUCCUAAAUACUGAAAAGUUUAACUUAAUUGUAUAAAACUUGAAAUUUAUUGAUAAAAAAUUUUAUAAAAUUAUGCUUUCAUAAUAAUAUAUUAAGAACUAAUACAUUAUGUGACUAAUAAAUCAUAAAAACAAACAGAAGUUCUUUUUACCAAGUGCGCUAAAUAUAAAUAGAUUAGCAAAAUAAAUAUAAAAUAAAAUCAUAAAUAAAUGUUUUUCAUCAUUAUCUUUAUUGAUUUAGUUUUUUCAUAAAGAUCGCUUAGUUUGUUCUUAAAGAUAAUUGAUUUUGUUCCAAGAUCGAUUAGUUUGUUCUUAAAGAUCUUUUAGUUUGUUCCUAAAGAAAAUUUAGUUUUCUGUUAAAGAUCGCUUAGUUUAUUCUUAUAAAUCAUUUAGUUUACUAUUAAAGAUCAUUUGUUUUGUUCUUAAAGAUCAUUUAUUUAUUUAUUAAAAAUCAUUUAGUUUGUUCUUUAAGAUCGUUUAGUUUGAUUUUAAAGAUCGCUUAGAUUGUUCUUAAAGAUCGCUUAGUUUGUUCUUAAAGUUCGUUUAGUUUGUUCUUAAAGUUCGUUUAGUUUGUUCUUACAUGUCGCUCAGUUUGUUGUUAAAUAUCGCUUUCGCUGAGUAUUAGAUAACAGAAAACCUCAGUUACUUUCGGCCGGAUGGCCGAAUGUCUAAGUCAAUUUCGGCCGAAACCGAAAAAAAAAAAAAAGUUAACUUUUCUCUUUUGACCAAAAUUAAGCCGAAAGUGAUAAAAUGGCCACUUUCGGCGCCGAAGCCGAAAUUCUGUCUGUCUCUAAAAUCAAUGUUAUUAUACUGAAAUUUCUAGAAUUUAAAUAAAUUGAACAAUUAUAAUGAAAGAAAUAUAUUGUUUUUUAUAAACAAAAAGAAAAUCUAUACAAGCUACUAGAAACUUGUAAAAAAUGAUUUUUUUAAAAAAAAAGCUAAACUAUGAUUAAUUAUUUUUAUUUUUUUCUAUCAGUCAGUAAUUCCAUUUUUUGCAUAUGUACAAAGAAAUAACUUCUGGAUUGUUAAUUGGAAAUGCAUAUUUCCACCUUUAUAACAAAUUUCCCCACAACACUAACAGCCAGUGAAGAGAGACUAUAAAGUAUUAGAAUGCUACUAAAUGUAGGAAAGAAGUCCUAUAAAUAAACUGAUUUUUAUUGUGAUAAAAAAACAAACUCAUUGACUUCCUCCAACAAUGCAUGAACCCAAUGUACAAGUACCGAAAAUAUUUCUUAUGGUUAGUUUUUCUAAGUGUUUUUGUGACUCAAUAAAAGGUCAGAUAUUUCAGAGAAAUUGGUGGUGAACUAUAACUUUGUUUACAUUUUUUGAAUAACUGUUGCAGUUUUUGGAGUUAAUUAACCUCACAAAUCAACCUCUUCAUGUUGUGGGUGUAUCGAUGGGUGCAACAAUAGCUGGCAUUUUAGCUGCAGAGUUUCCAGAGAAUAUCGCAGCUCUUACUUUGACAUGCCCAAGCAGUAAGUUUUGAUUGUUUAUUAUAAUCAGAAUUGGAGGAUUAUUUCAGCAUUCUCAAAAUGCAAGGGUACUCAAAAUUUUGAACUGAGUGGCAGAAUUUGAAUUUGGACAUUUCCAGGGGGCGGAUCCACUGCCAUGUUGACUUUAUGCCUAUACUAAUGUGGCAUUAACAUUCAUAGGGCAUCUUGAUUAUUCAUCCUAAAUUUGACAUAAAGUUUAGAAUAAAAUUUUGUAUAUUAACAUUUUUAAAUAAAGUGGCCAUCCAUAAAUUACAUCACACUAUUUUGGUUAAUUUUUUUACUCUGGUGUCACUACCUCUUCCCUGGUCUGUUUUCACCCUGUUUUUUUUAUAACUACUAUAGGUUGUCAAAUCGACUUGAUCAAGUUCUGUUUAUUUUGUACAUGGCAGACUGGUGGAUCAGUUUCUUAAUACAUCACUGGCUGACCAUAGCCAGAUUCAUUAAUUAUUUUUUAUCUCUUUAUUUCACUCUAAAUAUUUCAAACAUUUUUUCUUCUUAACUGCAAUGAGCCAAUGUGAGAUGAACCUAUUAACUAUUAUCAUUUAGGCCUAAUACUUGCCAAUUUACGUUGUUUUUUUUAUUAUGGCUGUUUAACUUUAUUUACUCUAAGCCUCUUUCAUGUCUCAUUUUGUGCGGACCUUUGUCAGUUCAUGAACACCACUUUGGGAAACCCAUAACUAAGACAUAGGGGGUAGGGAAGUUCCUAGUUCUUCAAUAGGGAAGACACUUUGCUGCUUUAAAAAUAAGGAAUAUUUUUUUUUUACUAUUUUGGAAUUUAUCUAUGGCCAGUCAAUGGUCCCUACGCCCCUGAACCAGACAUUGAGUACCCCUGCCAUUUGGUAUGCCUUUUAUUUCUAGGCAUAUGAGACAAACUUGAAGAAAAGUUAGGUAACCAUAUUAAUUUUUUUAAUAAAGCCCAUAUUUUACCAAUCUUCUUAAGACAUUUGCAUGUAAUUAUAUGUUUCCCCCUCCCCCCCCCCUCCUUUUUUUUUAAAUGUUACAAAUAUUUGGUACAGUUUUUUUUAUUCUUUAAGAUGCGCAGCAGCUUGCAAAUUAAAGAUGAAAAGUAGCCUAAGCAAGUGAAAAUGAAAUUCUAUUUUUUGACAUGUAAUUGGAUUUAUAAUUCCUAAUUAAAACUGAAUUACUACUUUUGGUUUAAGAAUUUUACUUAGAUACAUCAUUUAGUUGGGUUUUUCCAUAUAAGAUUUAAGAAUUUUAAAUAAUUCUUGUUAGAUUUACAUAAAAUUUGCUUUUAAAGGAAAUACUUAUUUCUCAUAAUAAAAUCUUAUCUGUUCAGUGAAAACACCCUUGGAAAGCCGCAUGAUCAAAGAAAAUAAAAAAGACGUUUUGGAGAAAGAUGGAGGUUUGCUAACACUAGAGAACUGUCCCAUGUUGCCCCAAACAGCCAAGGAGCUUCAAACUAUGUUAGAUAUUAGUCAUUAUUAUACAGUAAAAUACCCAAAGCAGGUCAGUAGCAUUAAACAAUAGGGAGCACAUUGCUAUAGUGAAUAAAUAUAGCAAAUCUUAUGAAAUACUUUUAAUUAUUUUGUUAACAUUGGACCAGAGCUGCUUUAACUAGUGGUUUUCAACCUUUUCUACCAGUUAUAAUAAAAUUUUAAAAUUUUAAAAACACUAUAUAUAUAUACAUAUAUAUAUAUAUAUGUUUUUUUUUAUCAAACACUGAUUUUAUAACAUGAACCUGAAAACAAAGCAGAAAAAAUGUUUAACUCCUAAUUUACAUAAAAGGAAUUUCAAAGGAUCCUGCUUGGAUAAUUAUUGUCCACAUAUUAAAGAAAAAUAAAGGAAGGGCUAUGAAAAUUGAAUCAUAUGCACUUCAGACCUACUAAACUCAGAUUGUACUUUCUCAUGUAAUUUGUUGCAAAAUUUGAUUUCAUAAAAAAAUAAUAUAUAAUACCUGUGUGGGGAUUGGCAAAUUAAAAUUUAACAAUUUCUUUUAUAAGUUAUUUUGAUUUUUAUAAAAACAAGCUAAGUGGAAAACCGUUUGAAAACUGUCAAUUAUUAAAAUUAUUUUUUUUAACAAAUCUUUUCCUGGAUAAUCAAAUACUUUCAAUUAUUUUUCUCCAGAUUCUGAAAGGGGCUGUAGAACUCAGAAAAAAGAAAAACAAUUUAUAUUUACAGUGUAAGUUUUAAUGCUGAAAAUAACAUGUCAUUGCUACUUUAUUCUAUUUCUUAAAGUUGUGAUAUUUUACUUAAGGGCAUCCAAUUAACAUGGGUUGUUGAGUUGUUAUUUAACUCAUUCCUGAAUGUUUAGACUUAAUACCUUUUAGAGGCUACCCCACAAAUAUGAUCAAUGUAUCUGGAUAGAACAUUUUUGUUUUAUAUUUUUGUUGAAAUAAAAUCACACAUUCACAAGACUUCCUGUGAUAAGUAUGUAGCAAUAACAGCAUGAUUUCAAUAAAAAGAAAUUGAAGUUUUUAUCUUCCUUUCUUUUUUUUUUCCACUUGUAAGAGAGGUUCACCUAAUUAGUUAUAUCUAUCUCAUGUUGGUAAUCUGUCACAUGUUGGUAAAAAUUUAAUAUUAUGUGGUUGCUAUUUAUUUCCUCAUCCAUUUCUGGACGCAAGUAUCUUUACUUUUUUUAUAAGUGAAUAAAGUAAUAAGGAACCAAAUGAACAAUUAUUGAAAAUCCAAGUUAAUUACCUUAGUUUUGUCAUACAAAUGGUGGAAAUAAUUUGAAAUAAUUAGUUUUUUAAAGUUUAGACCUGUUUUUAAAAGGCAGUCUUCUAAUUAAGCCUAAAAAUAGAGUACAGCAAAUUAUAUGCAUUUUCUGACCAUGAUACUCACACCAAUGAAGUGAAAUUAAUAUUCUCACCAAUGAAGUGGAAUUAAAUUUAUAUAAAUUUUUUUUAAAAUGUACACUGCAUUUGCAAAGAUACUGUACAGAAGGUUAAUGUGAGAAAUUUUGAAAAAAAAUGUAUGGUUAUAAAAUUCCUUGUAAUGACCGAUUUUUUUUUUAAACUUAAUUUUUUCAAAUUAUUAUUAUUACAGUGGUCAAUCUUCUUAUAUCUGAAGACUCAUCUAUUAUGCUGGAAAAACAUUUGCACAGAAUAACAUGCCCAGUCCAAGUUAUAUGGGGGCAGGAAGACUGGGUAAGCUAUAAUAUAAAAUAAGAUGUUGGCUUUGGAAACAUUAAUCUACAGUUAUUAAUUUUGAAAUAUCAUGUCACACACUCAGAAACAAAACUUCCAUGUCUCACUAUCAGGGUUGGAAAUUUUGUAAUAUUCGCUUCCUAAGGAAAGCUAAUAUCCACAAGCGGGGGGGGGGGGGGAGGGGGGGGGGGAGGCCCAGUCUAUUCAUCCCCAGUAAAAAGGCCUAAAUAAUGCAAACUAUGUACAAUAGUGUCAAAAUAUGCACCGAAUUUGACUUAAAAAGUCUGAGAGUUCAAAAAAAAACAUUUUAUUUCAUGUAAUUAUAUCCCCAUACAUAAUAUGUAAAAUAGAUUUGUUAUUGAUUAAUCCGGAAUUCCAGUGGUUAAAAUUUUAGUGUGGCCCAUAUCGAAUAGGCUAAUUCCCUUAACUAAUGAAAAGAAAAUUGUUCUUUAUUAGUCUUAAUUUGAUGGUUAUCAAGAGUGUUGUGGAAGUCUUCUAGGAAUUAUAUAUGGAGGGAGACUAUAAUAAGUGAUAGUUACAUAAUAUUUUUCAGGGUCUGGUUUGAAUAACUAAAUAAAAUAAAUUUUCAGCCCUAGAAAUGUUCCAAAUAUUCAAUAUUUUCAUUUUCUUCCCCAUGUCUUUUUGCUGGGCUUUCAACUUAGUUGAAGUUUUAAGUAACUGUAUUAAAUUAACCUUAACUAACCUGAAAAAAAGAUAGGAAAUUGUUUUAGUUAAAGGGGAGGGAGAGUUAGGGAAACAUCUGUUUCAUUUGUAGCACGCUAGUGGGCAAAGAUUGCUGUAGGAGAAAGUGAAGCAAAAUUUAAUUUGCUAUCAAUUAUCCCUUGUAUUAUGAGUAUUGAAAGCUUUUUUUAAAUUGAUAUAUGAAUUUCUAUUAAAAAUUUAAAAACAUUUCAGGUUGUAGAUGUGUCAGGACUGGAAAUUCUUUCUGCAAUGCUUCCCAAUUGUCAACGUAUAGACAUCCUGCCUGAAUGUGGUCAUGCUGUUAAUCUCGAUCAGCCUGUUUUGUUUGCAGAGAAGGUUCUUGAGUUUUGGUGGCAACAAAAUGCACAGAAUAAACCAUUAAUGUAUACAUGACAUGUUUAUCAUACUUAGAUAAACAAAAAAAAUAAAUGUAAAAAAACUUUUUUGGGUCCAAGCUUUAAUUUGAGCCUGGGCAUUAGAAUGAGCUUAAUUUAACAAAUCUAAAAUUACAUUCUUUGUUUUGAAUAUGCUGAAUUUUCUUCUUAUGAUGUUUUGAAUUUCAAAAAAAUUUCUAACCAUCCCAUUUUAAUGGAAAUGUUGGUUAAAAAUCUGCAAAUUUAAACUUCUUUGCAUCAAUACAGACAAAAUUGUUCAGUUAAGAUUUAAAGUUGUAAAAUUAAGUCCUACAUGUCAUGAAAGUAUUUAAAACUUGAAAAUUUAUAUCAUUAUUUUAUUAGAAUGUGACAUGUGGUCACUUCAGAUAUGGAUGACUAGUCCAGAAAUUUAAUUGAUUAUAUAUUAUCUUUCAACUAAUUCGAGCUCAAUUCAUAUUUCAAUAAUGUCUGGCAUAAAGUAAUAACAUUGAUUGUAAGCAGGGUUUCCCAAACUUGUUUUCUACGUCCCAGUUAUAUUUAUAUCUUUGCUUUGGGCCCACUAAAAUGAUCAAUCAAUCAAUGUCAAUACAGUUGUCAUAUAUUAACAUGUAUUGUAAUUGUAAUAAAGAAACAUUUACUCCAACUAAAACCUGGUAAAUAAUUAAGUAAUGGGGAAAAGAUAAUACAUUUAUUCUUAGAUCUUGUUCUACUUCCCAUAGCUUAUAGAUUUAUAUUUGGGGAUGGGGUGGGACCUUUGUUGAAAAGCCAGCUUCACACAGAUUGUGACAAAAGGCAUUCAUGGCUACAUUGGCCCAAAAAUACAUCAGAUGAAUUCUGUCCAAGAUGUCUGUUAGUGCUGCAUCAAAUACCAAUAUUUUUUUAAUGCAGUGGAAAUUUUUUUUAAAGUUUAAAUUGUCAAACUCUUGGAUAAUUGCAGUUAAAAGUUAUUUCAUGCAUCCAUACAUUUCUGGUCAUGCUAGAGCCUUGAUCCUUGCAAAAAUGCCUGCACGUGUGCCUGCAAUAGCUCAAGCUCAAUCCUUUUUGAGUAACCUUUCUUCAUUUCCCCAUUUUUUCUGGCAUCCUGCUAUUUCGCUUUCAUGAUCAAGUACCUGGACUUAACCCAACAUUUGGGAAAUACUGAUCUAAAUGUUCUUUUUUCAUCCAAUUUGAUGUCUCUUGAAAAUCCAAGUAUAAAUGUCUUUUUUACUGUGAACUGCGUUAUCUGCAUGAAUCGUAUUUAGGUUAUCUUUAAAAUGUUUAUUUUUGUCUACCUUAAUACAGGUUACUAAAGUGUAAUAAAACUCAAUAUUUUGAUCACAAUAAGCCCAGUCACUAUUAUGCAGCUGGACAAGAAACUGUUUUUGUUUAUUUAUUUUUAAAGAAAGACUUGUCACAAGGCACAAUCAACCUCGGAAAUAUACGGGUGGUUUCUUUUAAUGAAGGAAUCUAUCAAAACAAAAUAAAUGUCUUCACUGAUAUUUGUUUCUUUAAGAAAUAAAUUUAAAAUACUGGAUGAUGAAAACCAUCUAUUGAUUAUUCCUUAACUUUCUACUUAAAUUACGUAAUAAAAUAUGUACUGAUAAUCUUAACCUUAAUGAAUUCUGUGAAUGGUUUUUUAAAUAUCCAUAUUGAAUGUCACCUAUGAAUAUUAUUAGUUAUUACAUAAUUUUUUAUUUUUUUUAAAUUAGUUACAACCAAGUUAAAAAAGAUUUCAUAAUUAAAUGUCAAAUUUAGGACAUUUUUAGACUGGGCAAAAAUCAUUAAGUUUGGUGUCAAAUAAAUUAAUCAUGCAUAUAUGAAGACUACUUAAUUGAGCAGACAUUGCACAAAGCACACACAUGAUUUCAUGGCUGUACCAUUCCAGCUGAGGGAGGAACUGUUGCUUUUUUAACUUCGCUACUCUAUGGGGUCAGUGCCGUCUUAAGGCUUGGCCACACAGGGCAUUUGGUUAGUAAAUUAAGGUGUCUUUCAAAAGGCAAUAUUUAGUCAUUUAAAUGAAGGAUGUUGUAGUAGUUCCAUGUAAACCUUUCAGGUUACAGGUUAGAAAUUCAUACUGUUUCAUCUUCCCUCAAAUAAAUCAUGUAUUAAUAAUUAUCUGACGCCUUUUUUGAAUAGUUCCUUUCUUCUUUUUUAUACCAUUCAGAUCAAAUUUAUUGUUUAAAAUGACUUUUAUUAAAAUAGCCAUACAAAAUCUAUAGAUUUUUUCUACAAAACGGUAUUUUUUCUCUUUUUUGUGGCUGUAAAUUUUGGAAAAACCUAAUUGAAUUUUAAAUAAAUGCAAAAUGGUAAUUUUCCUUCUAAUAU